UUGACACCAAACCAGUCAACCGGUGACCACCCUCAACACCACACACACAUACACAUACACUUGGACUACCAAAAUUGCCAAAGCUCCCAUCUCGUGCCGUCCAUCUUCAGACGACACCCAAUCAACCAGUUACAGAGCCAAUAUAAAGUUGCGACGUGCGUAAUUUUGCGUUGA